CAUGGUGUCCUGCGGGGAGCGCUGCCCGGCCGCGGGGCUCGGCGGGGACCUGGCGGCGCUGGCGGAGCUGGACGAGGCGGCUCUGCUGGGCGGGCUGCGGGAGCGGUUCCUGCGGCAGCAGGUCUAUACCGAUGUCGGGGACAUCCUCAUCGCCAUGAACCCCUUCCAGCCGCUACCGCUGUACGGGAGAGAGGUCUCCAAGCAGUACCUGUGCCAUGAGACCAGCGCGCUGCCGCCCCACAUCUUCGCCGUGGCCAGCCGGGCUUACCAUGCCAUGCUGGGCCACCGGGGAAGCGGGCCCCGCAGCCAGUGCAUCGUCAUCAGUGGAGAGAGUGGUGCAGGGAAAACAGAGAGUACGAAGUUAUUGUUGCAGCACAUAAUGAACCUAUGCAAAGGCAACUCGCAGCUGGAGCAGCAGAUCCUUCAGGUAAAUCCGUUGCUUGAAGCUUUUGGCAAUGCCCAGACUGUGGUGAAUGACAACAGCAGCCGCUUUGGAAAAUACAUACAGCUGCGUUUCCAGAAAAAUACAGUUCAAGGUGCAAAGCUGAGUGAGUACCUGUUAGAGAAGUCACGAGUAGUGCAACAAGAUACUGGGGAGAGGAAUUUCCACAUCUUCUACUACAUGUUUGCUGGACUGUCUUCGGAGGAAAAGGAGAUGUAUGGGCUGUUGGAUCCUUCACUUUACAGGUACAUAAGUGGACGGUUUGGUACACAGGACAUAGCUGAGCGCUGGAAGCACAAAUACAAAGAGGUGUGCAAUGCACUUGACAUGGUGGGCUUCCAGGAACAGGAGCAAGUUGACAUGCAAGCUAUCUUAGCUGGUGUGUUGUCUCUGGGAAAUGUGACCUUUGAGCCUGAGGAGAGCAAUGGGUCUGCAAAAGUGAGUGAAGCCUCCCAGGGAUGGCUGAAGGCUGCAGCGGGUCAGUUUGGAGUCCAAGAAGAUGAACUGUUAAAAUGCCUUAUUUGUACAAUGUCUGUGACCCGAGGUGAACAGAUUCUGCGUUUUCACACCCAGCAGCAGGCAGAAGAUGCUCGGGAUUCCAUUGCAAAGGUGGCUUAUGGACGAGUAUUUGGCUGGAUUGUUUGCAAGAUCAAUGAACUGCUGGCUGAGAAUGUGGAUACUGAGGUGGAACUGGGGGAGAUAGGCAUCUUGGAUAUUUUUGGUUUUGAAAACUUUGCAGUGAAUCGUUUUGAGCAGUUUUGCAUAAACUUGGCCAAUGAGCAGCUGCAGCACUUCUUCAACCAUCACAUUUUCCAGCUGGAGCAGGCUGCCUAUAAGGAAGAAGAUUUGCCUUGGGAUACUAUCACGUUCAACAAUAAUGAACCUACUCUGGAUCUUCUUCUGGCUAAACCGCUUGGACUCCUGUCCCUUCUGGAUGAGCAAAGUGCGUUCCCACAGGCAACUGAUAAAACAUUUGUGGAUAAACUAAACAGCAGCUUCAAAGGGAACUUACACUUCCAGCCAGGCCGAGGCCGUGCUUUGGCCUUCAGCAUCAUCCACUAUGCUGGAAAAGUACAAUAUACUGCUGAGGGCUUUCUAGAGAAGAACAGAGACACCUUGCCAGCCAAUGUCCGCGGGCUCUUUAUCAACAGCAUCACCCCCUUGCUCAGUGUCCUGUUCAAAGCCACUAUCUCCAGGACGGGGACAUUGAUGCCUCAUAUGAAAGCCAAGGUCAGAGCAGAAGCAGACAACAAGUUCAACAGCACACGAAAACAGUCUGCUGGAGCUCAGUUCCGGCAUUCUCUGAUGGUGCUCAUGGAGAGGAUGUAUUCUGCCAACCCACACUUUGUGCGCUGUAUAAAGCCCAACAGCCAGAAGGAGCCAGGUGUGGUGGACAACCAGGUGGUGCUGCAGCAGCUCCGGUACAAUGGACUGCUGGAGACAAUCCGUAUCCGAAGAGAUGGUUUCUCCUGGAGACCUUCAUUUGAGGAAUUUGCUGAAAGAUACUCAAUUCUUCUAGUUAAACCAGAUGUUUCCCUCACAAAAGAAAGCUGCUUGGAGAUACUGCAAAGUACAGAGCUGACAGGCUGGAUAUGUGGAAAGUCACGACUUUUCUUUAAAUAUUGGCAUCAGGAGCAGCUGGUAAAGUACAUGGAACAAUUGGAAAGAGCAGCAGUUGUCAUACAGAAAGCUUUCAGGGGAUUCAGGUGUAGGAAGAGUUACCUAAAACUGGUGGCUGAGCUGAGAGCUAAGGCACAGCUGCUACAGGAAGAGGCAGAGAGAGAAAGAAGCCGGCAGCUGGCAUUGGAAGCAAAGGCCCAGAAAAGAAUCUCCUUUCCAGUCCCCAAGCCACGAAAGAGGUGCCCUCAGUCUUGUCCCCAUUAUUCUGAUAAUCCACCACAGCCACCAGUGCCACGGCCACGCAGCAAACUAACAGAGUCCACUCCUUUUGAUAACUUCUUGGACCCUUCUGCACCUCGACCAGUUCUGGUGAGAGAGGGACAGACUGGAGAAGAGGCAAAAAUGAGGGAACUCAAGAGAGGAGCAACUCUCCGCUGGUUCAAAGAGACACAGGCCCAGAAGGUCAUGCAGGAUGAUGGAGCCUUUCCAAGCUGGCUGCAUGGGAUGAUCAGCCGGAGGGAAGCUGAAAACCUGCUGAUUGACAAACCUUUGGGUUGCUUCCUUGUUCGGAUCAGCCAGAGCCGACCAGGCUACACCUUGACAUACAGGGGUGAGAACCGCUGCAGACACUACCUGAUUGAAAUGCAGCCUAAUGCACGCUAUGUCAUCCUGGGGGAAGACCGGGCUCAUGCCUCACUCACCGAGCUGGUUCGGUAUCACCAGGCCGUGGGCAUCCAGCCCUUCAUGGAAAAACUGACUGUUCCCUGUGACCAGACAAGUAGUGAGAGUUUGGAUCAUGAAGAUCUGGAGUCCCCCACACUGAUUGAAACAGCAGCCAAGGGGGAGGCCCCUCCGGAGGAGCAGCCCUGCCCUUCCAGGUCUUCUGCCAGCACACCUGGAUCAGUGGCAGCUCUCAAAAGCAUGUGGUUCAGGAGGACUAAGAAUGUGCCAAAACAGCAGAGCUUUGACAAGAGUAGGACAAAGCCAAGGUUAGGCAAGGAGAAAGGCAGCGAACGAGCCCUCCCUCGCCUUCACUCUUCCAUACAGCUGGGGAUGCAGGAAAUCCAGCAGUUGUCUUCCUCUUCCUUGAACACAUCUGUACGGAAGUGCAAUGGAGCAGUUUGCGUGGAGGAUGUAGAGCCUAAGUGACAUGGUCAAAGAGGCUCAGCCCUAUCCGCUCUUGGUGCUGCUGGGCCUUGGCUAUCUAGGUGAACAUAUCCAGACAUACAGCAGCCUUUUUUCUUUCUUUCUGGUUUAUUUUCUGCACCCAGCUGGUCCUGUGCCUUUGGACAGGACUCCUGCAGAAAUUAACUUUCAUCAGCACUCAGCUGGUCUCAGUGGCUGAGGCUGCAGUAUCCGGAUCAGCUUCAUCCUGGCAGAGGGGAGAGAAUGGAAACAAUCACACUCUGCACAGAUUCCAGUGCCUGACAGUCUGCAUGUCCAAUACUUCAGUGUACCUGGAGACCGCUCACCUUGCACUGUUAUUAGUCACAAACUGGAUAUCUGAUAAUUGCCUGUUUUCUGAAAGGCACAUGUACUGAUUUCCUACCUCUUAAAGUCCACUGGCUCUGA